UGACUGGCAUCGUUGGACGAGCGGGGCCGGGGGGCCAACCUGCCAGGUGACGAAAACAUCUAAGUAUGGUGCCCUCUGGAAGAAAGCAUUCCGUGAAGUCUGGGAAGGCAUCAAUGGAGGAUCAGGAUGUAAGACCCUAUAACUUUGAGAAAGAAGAUAAGAAAAAUCUGAGUGGUUCAGAGGAGGAUGUUACUGAAGGAAAGACUCCAGUAAUUGAUAAGCAUGUGAAGAAAAGGCCUUCUGCAGGAAUAGUUCAAGAUGUGGGGGGUGAAGUACAGAAUAUGCUGGAAAAACUUGGAGUUGACAUUAACAAGGCUCUUUAUGCCAAGAGAAAAAGACUGGAAAUGUACACCAAGGCAUCUCUCAAAACCAGUAACCAGAAAAUUGGACAUGUUUGGAAAACACAACAAGAGCAAAGGCAGAAGCUUAACGAAGAAUAUUCUCAGCAGUUUCUGACUUUGUUUCAGCAGUGGGAAAUGGAUGUGCAUAAAGCUGAGGAACAAGAAGAAAAACUAACUAGUAUAUUUCGCCAGCAACAAAAGAUUUUUCAACAAUAUAGACUUGUUCAGAGCCAGAGACUGAAAACAAUCAAACAAUUGUAUGAGCAGUUCAUAAAGAGCAUGGAGGAUUUGGAGAAGAAUCAUGAUAAUCUACUUACUGGUGCACAAAAUGAACUUAAAAAAGAAAUGGCUAUGUUGCAAAAACAAAUUAUGAUGGAAACCCAGCAGCAAGAGAUGGCGAGUGUUCGAAAGUCUCUUCAAUCCAUGUUAUUCUGAUGACUCUUUGAAGAAAGAACUUGAACCUAAAUAGUAUAACAAUUAUAACAUUAGCUAAGAGGCAUGUAAAUCAUUAGAAUGGUUUUGAAAUUCUAGUUUACAUUAUAACAUUUUUAAUCAUUAGCUUGUUUCAUUGCUAGAACCUUCUUUCUGUUAACUUCCAAAUAAAAUCUAAACAGUUAUGUGAACAGCAGCUAUUUCAAAUUUAUGUAUCAACCUUUCAGCUCUUUAGUAGUAAGAGUGAAUUUUUCUCUCUAACGCUGUCAAUUAACAUUCAGCAAUAAAGAUGAUUUAAUUUUA